UACGAGUUCUUUCUUUUCUGAAACUAAGGUUGCAAACAUUCGGCUACAGUAGUAGCUGUAAGAUAUACACCAGGCCUAAAUGGGCUGUUMAAUUUUGUUCCAAUUUCUUUUCACGUUUGGCAUUGAAGCAGCGUGUAGCCUACUGUGAAAUGRGAAUUAAUCAUGAGCGUCUUAUCCAGGAAGAUUGUUGAAUAUGUCCCCCCUCGAAGAUCAAAGGUUACAUCGAAAUACUUUCCCUAUGGAUAACAUGUCAUAUCCACUGCAAGGCGGGCAUGUGUAAAGGAGGUGCGGCCAAGACCGUCAUAAUGGAGAGGGAAAAAGCUACACCCUCAGUAAUGUAAAGACCGCUUUCAGUGGAGCAUGGUUGGUGCAGCAGCCUCUGACACUGGACUAUAUCGGAUUAUUCUCCUGGUUGAUUUAUUUUAGGACUACAAGUAAUGUAUUGGAAAAGUGAACUAAUGUUGGCUUGCUCCAAGGUGGACGAUAUUGAAAAUGGGUUCAACUCAAUUUCCAACAGCACGGGCACCUCGGAAGACAUUUUUGAAGACGAGUCAUAUUCACCGUCUUCGUCUUUGUCGUCAUCCUCGACACUSCAGACGAUGGCAUCAGCCUCUCUGGGGAAAAGCCUUUGUGCAAGUUGUGGUUUGGAGAUAGUUGACAAAUACCUGCUCAAGGUGAACAACUUGUGCUGGCACGUGAAGUGCCUCUCGUGCAGCGUGUGCCAAACUCCUCUUGGAAGGCAUGUCAGUUGUUACAUCAAAGAGAAAGAGGUUUUCUGCAAACUCGACUACUUCAGGAAGUAUGGAACUCGCUGUGCCCGCUGUGGCAGGAACAUCCACUCCAACGACUGGGUAAGAAGGGCGAAGGGCAACACCUACCACCUGGCCUGCUUUGCCUGCUUCUCCUGCAAGCGCCAGCUCUCCACGGGGGAAGAGUUUGCCCUGGUGGAGGAGAGGGUGCUGUGCCGCAUCCACUACGACUGCAUGCUGGACAACCUGAAACGGGCCAUGGAAAGUGGAAAAGGUGUGAAUGUAGAGGGAGCCCUACCGUCAGAGCAGGAAGAGUCCCAGGCCAAACCAACUAAGAGGGCUCGCACUAGCUUCACUGCAGACCAGCUACAGGUGAUGCAGGCUCAGUUUGCUCAGGACAACAACCCUGAUGCUCAGACCCUCCAGAAACUGGCAGAGAGGACUGGUCUCAGUCGCAGGGUCAUCCAGGUUUGGUUCCAGAACUGCCGAGCUCGUCAUAAGAAGCACGUGAGCCCCAACCACCACAUGUCGUCCGCAGCAAUGUCAUCACUGCAGCAGUCCAGGCUUUCUCCGCCUCUCCUGGAUGAUCUCCAGUACACGGCUUACAUACCAACAGACACACCCAUGCACACGCCCAUGCUUACCGCACUACACACAUACAUGGAUGGUGAGCAAAGUCGGCACUUGGAGAUCACAGUGCACUCUCCAUCCUCACUGGUGUUCCAGCCUAUUAUGUCCCAUUCCAUGACACAGCUGCCAAUCAGCCAUGCCUGAUCGUUAUAUUCCACCCCCUGCAGAACYGGGUCAGAAUGCUGCGGAGCGAUACUCACCGUCCAUCAAAGGGCGUGGGGCACCUACAUUAAAUUAUUUGUUGAGGGUUUAUCGAAGGAGUUACAAUGGUCAGAAUUUAAUGUCUAAACUUUUUGUUAAUAUAUAUAGUAUCUAUAUUGGUUAUGAAAUUUCAUAUUUAAUUUAUUUGAUGCAUGUGACAGCACUUUGUUUAAAGUAAUGAAAUGAUUUGAUAUCUUAGUUUCUGUUUUGUCGCUGAUUAUAUAGCUCAUCUCUGUUUUUGAUGGCUGUGAAGAAAUACUGAAUAAAAGCCAUAUGAUCACUGC